AUGCAGUCUACUAGGUACAAGAUCUAUCUGAGCUUACUUACGAAGUUGGACGUCUUGAUCUCUCAGGGAGGUGACCCCGAGGACAUUUUGGCGGUCAAGGCCUUGAUGAGGAGUUACCAGUAUGACAGGUAUGCCUCCCUUGUAAAAGAGAGGGAUCACAGGUCUUUUCACUUACCCAAUCCUUUUCUUAGUUGCAAGAGGAAGACCAUUACCUGUCUGUGGAGCACCGAUGGGAUCCUGGAGGAGUCUCCUCACGGGAUCCUCGGAAAGAGCAGACCCCAGAUGGACGAGGCGGGCAAAUCCCGUGGAUGCAAGGUGGAUGAAUUCUUGAGUGAGCUCACGCUCCCUGAGUACAGCGACCUCCCUUUUGGUGAGUUGCUUAGCGAGAUCACCAUAGAAGAGGUCUCACAGAGAGUAUCCAGCUGGAGAACAAGAGUAAGUCGCCAGGUCCUGAUGGCCUGA